CAACGCGCAACCUGCUUUGCGCAAAGAGUAGUUUUAUGAUCUUUUCUGGUGUUCGUUGUGGAUAUUUGGUGGUGUCCCGUGGAUUCCUAAUAGUGAAUAAACCUGAGUUAGAUUUAUUUCUGAAAAUUUUCAUCGACAUUUCGUCGUUUACCGGUGUCUCAUCAGUAAUCGUAAAGUUCCCGGCAAAUCAUAAUCAUAAUUUUAAAAUUGUUUAUAUUAAAUUUCAUCACCGAAGCUCGGCGGAAACGCACGAACCCGAGCAUUUAAACGUGGAUUUUUGAUAAUAAUUACGUCAUCAUCGACGGCGGUAGGGGGCGGAUUAUUAUUUGGCAACAAGGGUUGUUGCUCUGCGGCCAUUGUUAGCCGCUAGGCGGAAGGGCGUGAGGGGGGAGGGACGAUGUCAUGCAGCUACGCCGAUGGUUUAUCGCCGUACGAGAACAAGGGUCAGCUUGGCCUCGAGGAGAAAUUCGACAGCGCCGAGACUCUUCGUAUCAAAUGCGAUUUGUUGGCUGAUUGGAUAGACGGGGCACGUCAUGUUGUCGUUCACACCGGCGCGGGAAUCAGUACCGCUGCCGGUAUUCCCGAUUUUAGAGGACCGAAGGGUGUCUGGACUUUGGAGGAGAAAGGGUUGAAACCUGAAAUGAAUAUAUCAUUUGACGAAGCAAAGCCAACCAAGACUCACAUGGCUUUGAAGAAGUUGAUUGAUUGCAAUAAGGUCAAAUUCAUUGUGAGCCAAAAUAUUGACGGACUGCACCUGCGAUCUGGAGUUCAGCGGCAGAAGCUUGCAGAGUUGCAUGGAAAUAUGUUCACUGAACAGUGUGACAAGUGUGGAAGACAAUUUAUUCGCAACCUUGCUACAAAGAGUGUUGGGAAAAAAUGUUUGGGAACGGUAUGUCGAUCUGAACAAAUUGGAGGACGACCUUGUCGAGGUCGAAUGCAUGACACGAUACUUGACUGGGAGCAUAACUUACCUGACAAUGACUUAGCACUCUCAGACCUUCAUGCCAGUGUUGCCGAUUUGAGCAUUUGUCUGGGAACAACUUUACAAAUCAUACCAAGUGGGAAUUUGCCUCUUUAUACAAAGAAGUAUGGUGGCAGACUUGUUAUUUGCAAUCUGCAGCCAACGAAGCAUGAUAAAAAAGCAGAUUUGGUGAUAAACGGUAUGGUCGAUGACAUAAUAGUGAUGGUAAUGAAGAAAUUAGGUCUGGAAUUACCAGAGUAUGACAGCAAAUUAGAUCCAACAAGAAACACAGACAUGACAUCCAAUCAGAUGGAUUGGACAAUACCGACAGCACGUGUCAAAGAGAUGAAAAUAUUGUACAAAAAAGUUUGUAAGCCAACGCAGCGAAAGCGAAAAACCUUCAUGUAUGAACGAGAAAAGGAAGAAUUUCCAAAAAAGUUGAGCAAAGAAAAAAUACCUGUAACCGAUGAUAGAAUGUUAAAGACAGAAAAUAUAGACCAUAUAUUGGACGGUAAGUCUGUGAUGGGAAACACUGAAAUCAUAGAGAUGGAUAAGGUGAAACAAGAAGAUGUCGAUACGGAACUUCAAGUCAAACAAGAAAUAUUUAAGAAAACUAGUCAGAAUUCCGUAAUAUUGGCUGAUGACGGUACAUUUGCCUCAGAUAGGAAAUUUUCCUAUAAAGGUAAAUCAGAUGACAAUGUUGCAUUUAAUAGUCCAAGUGUGUCAGACAACAAUCCAAGUUCAUGUAGCAAUAAUAAAGCUUCUGUGAUUUAAUAUUUCACCUCAAACUAAUAUUCUCAACAAAUGUUUACUCUGCAACAAAACUAUUAAUGUUAUAAAAUGUGUGUGUAUAUUAGACCGUGUAACAUUGUUCUCCCGUUUUUUCCAAGACAGCAUCAUCAAGUUCUAAUUAUUAUGAAAUUAUUAUCAUAUAGAGUUGUUGUGUACGUGACGAAUAAAGCUUCCUAUUUUUA